UUGGUGCAUGUGUGCCUACAAAAUGUUUGAAACACCUUUCAUCAGUUUCUUUUAGCUCUUUAUCCAUCAUCGCACACACUCAUGCACGCACACACAAACACACAGAAAGAAAAAUGCAGAGCAGCUGUAGCUAAAUUUAGCUUCCAUCAGGUCAGGGUGCAAUGAUAACAUCCACAUGGGACAAUCUGACUUUGUGUGGUGGCGAAGAAAGUGUCAGAAAAAGGCACGAUGCUUGUUUUUGCGGAGUUCGAGUGCAAGUCUUCCGAGAAAACAACCCAAACCCACUCCUAUGUGGGCACAAGCACUUUUCUCUGCAGUCGUGCAUCUAUUAAGAAACCUGCAGAAUGUGAAUAAUAAAACACGAUGUUGUGCACGCUGGUGAGUAUUGCACAGUAGCACACAAACACUCAGUAGCAGGACAUCAAUCAGGCGGUAAACAUGCUGCAACCCGAUGACGUGACUUUAUCUCCGCACCAAAAUAAGCACACGAGCUUAGCAUCCCGAUCCGUGUUGUGACACACAAGGCCCCCCUCGUCUUGUCAAAAAACAACGCUGUGUUUGAUGUUUGAUUGAUCAAGUUUUGUCAGUGUUUCUUUUCCGGUCGCCAUGGUGAUGAGGGCUCAGAUAGGUGCCUUGGCGACGGUGCCCUUGGACUCAGACGGGCAGCUGUAUUUACCAAUGAGUUCAUCCUCUGGGAUAGACACUAAACCCUGCCAAGGUGUGUGUGUGUGUGUGUGUGUGUGUGUGUGUGUGUGUGUGUGUGGUAUUUGGGUGAUACUCCCACCCGAGCACAGACCGAAAGGGCAGCGGACAAAAACGAAAGAGCACAUUCAGAACAUCAGGACAGACGAGACUGGAGGUACUCGCUGUGUUCGGCAGGACUUGGUGUGGUUAACCUCGCCAUCACCAUUUGGCAUGCGUGCUUCAGCCAACAGGAGAGUUCCGUAGCUGUUCCUGGUUGUCUUGCAUCUUCGGGAUGGACGGCUACUCCCUACUCUACAGCUCGACCCACAGAACCGAGCUGUUGGGGCGCUUCCAGCGGCUACGCUCGGACGGGAAGAUGUGCGACGUGGUGCUCGAAACCGACGGCGCCUCGUUCCCCUGCCACCGGGCCCUCCUGGCGAGCUCCAGCGAUUAUUUCUGGGCGCUCUUCGGGGAGGCCACGGCGGAGAGACUAGCGCGGUCUAUAAGGCUCCCGGCGCUAACGCCCAAAGGCUUAGACGCCAUUUUGGACUUCCUGUACUCGGGCUGGCUCAGAGUGACACCCGCCACGCUUCCCGACAUUCUGGAGGCGGCGAGGUACUUGCAAGUGGACACGGCCGUGGCCAUUUGCGAGCGCUACAUCACCGAUGGGCUCAGCGUCGAGAACUGUUGCAGCUAUGCUAACCUAGCUGAGCACCAUGCGCUUCCUGAUGUGCUGGAUGCCGCCAAUUACACCAUCGCCGCGGAGAUGGCCAAACUGAUGCAGGAAAGAAGAGACGAACUUCUCGGAUUGAACGUCCAAUCGUUGAUGGCGGUGCUGGAUGCCGAUGAAAUCCCUGCAGUCAAGGAAGUGGACCUCGUCAAACUGGCUCUGGAUUGGCUGAAUGACAACGGGCCCCUCCCACCGCUGCAAUCCAACCUCCUGCUAAGUCGUCUCCGCUUCGGAUUGGUCGCUCCUUCUGACCUUGCACACCUUGGCCACGCCCACAGAGCUAUGGCCACACCUUUGAUAAGAAGCCAGGUGACCCGGGCGCAGGAGUACCACGGAACAGGCUCAGCUGGGCCGAUACGACAGAACAAACAGUCCACACUGAGGGCGCCGCCUGAUCGCGUGCUGCUUGUCGGCGGCGGACCUGGCCCGGAUCGACCGGAGCAGCAGGUUCUGACCUUUAAUCUAAAAACCAGGAAGUUUACGUCCCUGACUUCCUGUCUCCCACUAAAGCUGAGGAACCACUGCGUGUGUUCCCUGGGGGGCUUCCUCUUCGUGGUCGGCGGGGAAGUGGUCAGCGAGGCGGAUGAGAAGCCGAUCACCGUGGAAACGUCUAAUCAAGUGUGGAGGUACGACCCCCGCUUCGAAUCCUGGCAGAAGGUGGAGCCCAUGCUGCAGAGGCGGGCCAAGUUCGCCUGCUGCGCCAUGGAGGACGUCAUUUAUGCCAUCGGGGGACAAAACGCAGAUUCCAACGUAACGGCCUCGCUGGCCUCUGUCGAGUUCUAUGACAUGGCAGCAGGGGCGUGGAGGAGAUGCGUGCCCAUGCCCAGCCCGCUCCACGGCCAUGCUUGUGCCGUGCUGGACCACGACAUCUACGUGUCCGGUGGUCUCUCAGGCAACGGCAUCAUGAUCCCGGGCCAGAGCCAAAGCAGCAAGGAAGUUCUAUGCUGGGACGGCAUGGGAGGAGCCUGGAAGAAGAGGGCUCCCAUGUCCAUUGGCAGGUUCAGCCACCGCCUGGCGACCGCCCAAGGUUACAUCUACGCCCUCCUGGGGAUGUACGAGCCCUUCUGCGAGAUCGAGCGCUACGACCCGCGAGAGGACCACUGGACGCGCCUCAGGCCCCUACUCGCCGCGACCUUCAACUACGGGAUGGCGGCGACGCCAAGCGGGAGCCUGGUGGUGUUCGGUGGGACGAAAUGGAGCAACGCGCGGGAGGUAGCGGUAAAGAGCGUGCUGGAGUACGACCCCAAGAAAGACCAGUGGAGGGAGAUUGCUCAGCUGCCAAGACCCCUCACGGGAACGGAGUGCACCAUACUGCCGAUGCCCGACUAAAAUGCACAACGUCCAAAUUAGGAUCAAAUCCUGCAGACUCCAUUUAAUGACCAUUUGGUCAACAACACUAAUAUUUGGUUUUAGCUAGUUGAGCUACGCUAAUUAUGCCACAGUUCUAACGUUUAGGGCACAGAUCUGAAACUGAGUAAUGAGCCAAUGACGCAGAACACGUUGAAUUGUUAGCAUUGACAAUCUUUGUAGCGUUAAAGUCCUAUACUCUUACUGCUACUGGUUGUCGAAUAUAACUGAAGCUAGUUUAGACGUGUGCAGCUGGCUAAUAAUUGAUGUCCAGAAUUGUGUCCAUGUUUAACACAAAUAUUUAUUAACAUACAGUCACGUAAAUCAAACUCACUUUGUAACAAAAACGGAAAAUAAACGGGAGCAAACAAAUCAUAGCCUGGCACAGUCAAAAACACCUGAGCAAGAUCCCAGCCCCUCCCUAAGUAGACUGGCACUUGGCCUUGAGCCAACCCCUUUAGUGACGUCAUGAAUUUGACGGACAGAAAGAGUAAAUGGCUCUAACAAUCUUCCUCUUCCUUCUUUGUUCAACAUGUUGACCAGCAGCUUCAAAUGUGCACUAUCGCCCCCUAAAGAACUGCUGUGGACUAACACCGACUUACAGUUUCAACGCUUCAUUGGUUAGUUUUGGUUUCCCUCUUGCAGCUGACUCAAGUCUCUCAAAUUGUACGAUGUAUCCUCAGCUAGAAGGAGUACUAUACUUUUUUUGGAACUUUGCCCAUCAUCUACAAUCCUUAUGAGAGUCAAGAACACACACAUUAUUCCCUUUCUAUGCAUUUCAAAUAGUAAAGAACAGUUAUUAAGGCAUACUUGCCAACCCUCCCGGAUUUUCCGGGAGACUCCCGAAAUUCAGCGCCGAAAACCUCCCGGGACACAUUUUCUCCCGAAAAUCUCUGGACCUGGAGGCCACGCCCCCUCCAGGUCCGCAUGGAGCAAUGUUGUUGUAAUAUAUUGAGUUGGAGGCAAUAAACAGGCGAGGGGAUGAAGUACGUCUCUUUACUGUAGACUUCAGAACAGACUCACACACUUGACGUCAGGUGCGCAACACCACGUAAAUCGUUGGCCAACCUAAAAGUAACCACAGUACGCUAUAGCCAACAUUCACCAGGAGAUGGCAACAGACAAACAUAGAUCACUCUAUUACAUUCCAGUCUCUCCAUGUUUUCUCGCCAUGGUAACAUGUGAUCCACAUGCACUGUGCGCUGUC